AAAAAAGGGUCAAAAAAGGAGUUUCCCCAAAUAUUCAUUUCAGAUAUUUUCUCAUUCACCGGAUCUCGAGAUCAGCCACAACGAUGGCCGCCGACGGAAUAUUCCGCUCCAUCUUCGAAGGCUGCAUCUCAGGUCUCGAUUCCGCCAUCGAGCGGCGUCCUUACCACAAAAACUGUGACUGUGCGCUUCACGACGGAUCUCGUAAAAAUCAAAAUCAGCGGAAGAAGUCCUGCCGCCGUCGCCACGGAAGCUCAGAGAGCAUUUCCUUCCCGAUCCGGCGGUCGUGGAGCGAAGGGAACAUACUGGCGAUGAAUUUCCCCUCGUCUUCAUCUUCUUCGUCGAAUCUCCAGUCUCUUUCUUCGUCUUCUUCUCUAACAACUUUGGCGUCGCUUGCGGAUUUGCCGGUGGAUACUGCUGCUACGUUGGAGGAUCCGAGUAGAUCUCGUUCUCAUCAACUGGGAUGGACGUUACACGAAGGUGAAGAUGUUUGAUGUGACGGUUAAUUUUACGAAGGUUGUUUUAACUGCUAAUCUCCACUGUUUGAUUUAAGUUUCAUUCAAAAGAUGUGUGAACCCUUAGCAUAAAAAAUAAAAAUGUGAGCCUUACUAUUUUCUUUUGUAUGAUGAUGAUGACGACGAUUAUUUCCACUUUUUUGCAUUCUUUUUAUAUAGUUCAAUUCUUUUGCGAUAUCAUCAAUCUUU